AUGAUAGCGUGUCUGACAUGGCCCCUGUUGAAUCCGGGGUUCCUCAAGGGCUCUGCAUGGGCGAGCAACCUGUCCGAGCAGAACAAGUUGCUGAACGACCUGUUCGCCAACAUUACACCGAACGACCUUCCGCUUCGGGACUCGUACUUCACCAUCAAAGAGGACGGUACGCCAAAGAACAGCACCCUUUACCGAUUCAACAUGACCAAUGGCUUGUUCAGAAACCUGCGCCACAGGUUGGCACCAGCAUUCCACAAAGAGUACUGCAACGCGCAUGUGGACCGGUUCUUGAACAACUUGCGGGUGAAAUGCGACUUCGACCUCGAGGGCAUGCUCGCCACCUACGAUGGGUACCUCUCUUACGGCGCGAGCAUCGUACAGAACUUCACCGUCGAGGCCUUCAUCAUCAAACACUCUGGAGUCAACCCUCCCUUACUGUCGGUGUACACGGGCCACCUAACGUGCAAGACUGGCAAGUGUCCGCUUGAAUACUACAACGUGUAUAUCACAGCAUUCGAACUCAACACGACAGCGUCUCCAAGGUUCAGCGACUUCAGAUCAAAUCCAAAGUUCCAGAACUUUGCGAAGAACCCAACCUUGGCGGCACAAGUCUGGGCAGAUUUUAAUGUAAAAAUGUACACUCAUAUCUUGCCCAUCAUUGUUGACACCUUGAAUGCGACGUAUCGCGCGGAAAUACCGAAAAGAAUCACCAGGGUUGGAGCCGUGAACAAAAACCUCUUUCGCGGUUAAAAAAAUUAUAGUGAAACUUGCGAAACAAUAAACCGCACUUCUGUAAACA